CGGCCAAUGGGGAAGCGCGGCGCCCGAGCCUCUUGUUCCCUCAGCUCGGGCCUUCUCCCUUGGCGUCCGGUGGGCGUGGCCUGCCUCGGGCCCACCGAGAGGGCUCCGGGGCGCGUGCAGAGGGCUUCCAGAUGCGGAAGGCGGCGGGAGCGGCGAUGGCGGGGGCCGGGGCGGAGGUGGGCGCGGUGCUGGGCGGGCAGGGCUGGCCCUUGUCUCCGGAGGGCGGCGGCGGCUACGACUCGGCCCCGCUGGAGCCGCCCGAGAAGGCCCGCCUCCGCAGGAACACCACCUACAUCGUCCUCGCCGUGCUCCUCAACGAGAAGAGCGAGGUGCUGGUGAUGCAGGAGGCCAAGCGGGAGUGCUACGGGGCCUGGUACCUGCCGGCAGGGCGCAUGGAGCCUCGGGAGACCAUUGUGGGUGCCAUGCGCCGGGAGGUGCAAGAGGAGACCGGGCUCCAGUGCCAGCCGGUCACGCUGCUGGCCGUCGAGGAGCGCGGCCCCGGGUGGAUCCGCUUUGUCUUCCUGGCCCAGCCCACCGGUGGGACGCUGAAGACGCUGCAGGAGGCAGACGGGGAGUCCCUGCAGGCGCAGUGGUGGGACCGCAAGACGCCGGCCCUGAAGCUGCGGGCGAGGGACAUCCUGCCUCUGAUGGAGCUGGCCCUGCAGUACAAGGCCUCCCCGGGCCACCCGCCCGUGCUGCCCUCGGAGCUGCCCUGCCCCUGGGUGGGCCAGCGCCUGCUCCUGGUCUUUGCCGGCAGCGGAGGGGAGCUGUGGGUGCUGCUGGCCGUGGCCGGAGGCGCCCCACACCUCCCGGUGGCGGCCAGUGGGCUCUCCCCGUCAGAGCUGGGUGAGCGGCUGCUGGUGGGGGUCCACCGCCUGCUGCGGCGCUGCCUGCCCCCGCCCACCCAGGCCUCCGCCCGCGUCCGGGGCCUGCUGGGCGUCCAGCACCUGGGCAAGGAGCCCGGCCAGAGCGACGGGGUCUGCUUCAACGUGGCCGCCACCCUGGAGGAAGCCCCCGGGCGGCCCCCCAAGCCCAGCCCCCCGGCCCUGCGGAGCCCGGACUUUGCCUGGUGGAAGGUGGAGGACGGGGCCUUGCGGAGCAGGAUCCUCCAGCGGCUCAGCCAGGACUCCUUCGUCCCCGUCUGCAGCUAGGCCCCAGGCCUCGCCGUCCUUCCGUCCGUCCGUCCGUCCUUCCGUCCGUCCCCGCGAGCCCCGGAUGCCCCUCGGCCUGUGCGGCGAGACGCCAGCAAGCAGGGACCUCCCACCAAGCGACUGCGAGCGAGGCAUCCUGGGGAGAAACACCCUCCUUCCCUUCCUCCUCCUCCUCUCCUUCCCAUCUGGGUGAGUAUGGCUACUCCGCUCCUGCCACAAAAACCCCAGGAACACUCCUUUCGCAUGAAGCCACUCACAACAAUGGAGGGGUUGUUUCUGCCGGAACCUUUGGAACCCCUCGACCCUUUGGACCUUCUUUUCCGGAAAAGCAGGCAAAAGUGUCCCUUUGUCCGACCCAUCCCUCCUUCCCUCCCUCCCUCCCUGGCACACAGCACCCCUUUCUCCAAGGAGACGGCUCCCACAGGGAGGCCCAGGACAGCGGCUGGACAUUAUCGACCUUCCUCCUGGCUUUCUCGCCACCAUUCCGUUUGGUAACAAAUAAAAAAGGGGCCGUUUCCCCCCGUUUUCCCUGUG